GUUAAACCGCAUAGAAGAAGAAGAAACCCCCCGGUCACAUGACGUGGAGGUCUCCGGUCCGACCGACAAGAAAGUGGCGGAAUUUAAGAGCAUGGUAUCCAGUUUCGGAGUGUCAUAGCUUUAAGUGUUAAAAAACACGAGCAGUCGCAAGCACCGCCCAAAGACCGCCUAUCAAGGAAUUGAAUCAACUGUGCCAUCCCAAGGCGGUAGACAGUAGUCUCCCUAACUUAGCGUCCAUUAAGUCAACGUUCUUCUAGGCAGAGGAAGGAGGUGUUAACUUGGUGAGUUCUGACCUCCGUGACCCUGGACUCUGACCUGGUCUCUGAUUCACUGGUCUUGUCUGGUGAUUCGCUGGUGCUUGACGAAGAGACCAAUAAGGAGUUGAGGAUGAACCUCCAGCAGCCCGCCCCUCUCAUCCCUCCGGUCCACCCAGACAUCCAGAUGAAGUCUCUCCCGUUCUACGACGUGUUGGAUAUCCUCGUCAAACCCUCCAGCUUGGGUCAGUGUGUCUCUGGCGCCAGUGGAGUUCAGAGAUACAACCAAGAUAAGUACUUCAUCUUCGCCUUGACCCCUCAACAAGUCAGGGAGGUGUGCAUCUCCAGGGACUUUUUACCAGGCGGCAGAAGAGACUAUAUGGUUCAGAUACAGCUGAGGUUCUGUCUUUCAGAAACCAGUUGUCCCCAAGAAGACAACUACCCAAACAGUCUCUGCAUUAAAGUCAAUGGGAAGCUGUUCCCCCUUCCGGGUUAUGCCCCUCCCCCUAAAAAUGGAGUGGAACAGAAGAGACCAGGACGACCUCUAAACAUCACCUCAUUGGUCAGAUUGUCCUCUGCAGUACCCAAUCAGAUCUCUAUAACGUGGGCACCUGAAAUCGGAAAGACAUACUCUGUGUUGGUGUACCUGGUGAGACAGCUCACCUCACCUCUACUGCUGCAGAGGCUCAGGAUGAAGGGCAUCAGAAACCCAGACCACUCCAGAGCGCUGAUAAAGGAGAAGCUGACGGCAGACCCUGACAGUGAGAUUGCUACAACCAGUCUGAGAGUGUCUCUCAUGUGCCCUCUGGGUAAGAUGCGUCUGACAGUGCCGUGUCGAGCUCUCACCUGUUCCCACCUGCAGUGUUUCGACGCAGCCCUCUACCUGCAGAUGAAUGAGAAGAAGCCCACCUGGGUCUGUCCUGUCUGUGACAAGAAGGCCCCCUAUGAGAGCCUGAUCAUCGACGGGUUGUUCAUGGAGAUUCUGAACGACUGUUCCGAUGUGGAUGAGAUCAAGUUCCAGGAGGACGGGACCUGGUGCCCCAUGAGACCAAGGAAAGAGGCCCUCAGUGUGUCCUCAACCUGUAUCCCAAAAAUAGAACCACGUCAGUGUGCGGUGGUCCCUCCCCACAGAGAGCCCAGCUCGACCAAUAAGAAGGCAGACGUGAUCGACUUGACCCUAGAGAGUUCGUCAGAGGACGAGGAGGAGGAGGAGGAGGAAGACCCUGACCCGCCACUCAAGAAGCGAUGCCUCUACAUGUCCAAGACCGAGGAGGUGCACGCCAAGGGAGUGUUGUCCUAUCAGCCGGCGACGGUGUGCCUGCCAAACGUACACGCCCUGGACACCUCAUCCUACCUGACAAACUCACUAGCCGACUACACAGUCCCCUUCCACCACUCCACCCUGUCCACCGUCCCUACGGACAUACAGGGUCUGGAUCUGUUCUCGCUGAUCCAAGGUGACCCGCAGCAUUACAGAGCUCCCAUGUUCCUGGAGAACCUGACCAGCAGCCUGCAGGGUGCCACCACUAGCGCCGGCCUGGUGUCCUCUUCUAGCCAAUACGAGACCAGUUCCCACCUCUUCUCCACCUCUUCUUACCAAACUGGGGUUAUUACCGGGGGAGGGGUAGGGUCCAACAGCAUCUCAGACAUCAUCUCAUUGGACUAAUUCUCUGGUCCCUGUGAGCUCAUUGGACUGAUUGUCUUGUCACUCACAGGAGCCUUCAAUUGGCUGUGUCCUGAAAUGGAAUCCUAAUCCCUAUAUAGUGCACUACUUUUGGCCGUACAGCAGAAAGUAGUGCACUAUAUAUGUAAUAAAGUCUGCAUCAGAAAUGGCACCAUGUCCAUAGGCCUUCACCACCGGGACAGGCUGUGGCCCUCACCACCGGGACAGGCUGUGGCCCUCACCACCGGGACAGGCUGUGGCCCUCACCACCGGGACAGGCUGUGGCCCUCACCACCGGGACAGGCUGUGGCCCUCACCACCGGGACAGGCUGUGGCCCUCACCACCGGGACAGUAAAGAUACAUUCCUUUCGCCAGACCCCUGCUUUGUAGGUCAGAGUUGAUGAAAGGAUAAGAAAGUUAAGAGGCCCCACACCUAGACUCCACGUUGACCUGAGGUGGCGCCUCACCUGCAGACUCCACGUUGACCCGAGGUAAUGAGGAACAGAAGAUUUCUAUUGGAUGAACUGACAUGGAAGCAGGAAGUGGGACUAUGGUUGACGGUGUGGAUUGUUUGAAAUGGUUUUGUGUCAGUACCUAGGAGUCAUCCCAAGGCAGCUCAUUGUUUUACUAAUUAAGGGUUCAAGGAUCAACACUCUGUAAAACCCCAUUGUACGGUACAUUCGGAGUGUUCAUACCCCGUUGAUUAAUUAAAUAUUAUGUUACAGCCUAAAUUCAGAAUGGAUUCAAUUGAUGCCCCCCCCCCCGCCCAUCUACACACAAUGCCCCCAUUAAUGUCAGUGAAAACAUAUUUUUAAACAUUUGUGCAAAUUUAUUGAAAAUGAAAAUACAAAAAUAAAUAAUUUUCAUAAGUAUUUUUACCCCUGAGUCAAUACAUGUCAGUCUUUCUGGGUAAAUCUAAGCUUUGUGGAUUGUACAAUAUUUACACAUUUGUUAUUUUACAUGUUUUUUUUCAAGCUCUGUUAAGUUGGUUGUUGAUCAUUGUUUGACAGAUAUUUUCAAGUCUUGACAUUGAUUUUCAAGCAGAUUUGUCAAAACUGUAACUCAGCCACUCAGGAACAUUCAUUGUCUUGGUAAGCAACUCCAGUGUAUAUUUGGCCUUGCGUUUUCGGUUAUUGUCCUGCUAAAAGGUGAAUUAGUCUCUGUUUGUUGGAAUGCAGACUGAACCAGGUUUUCCUCUAGGAUUUUGCCUGUGCUUAGCUCUCUUCCGUUUAUUUAUUUUUUUAUCUCCCUUGCAGUUGACAAGCAUACCCAUAACAUGAUUCAGCCCCCACCAUGCUUGACCAUAUGAAGAGUGGUACGGAGUAAUGUGAGGUUAGAUUCACCCCAAACGUAACAGGACAUCAACUUUUAUUUUUUAUUUAUUUUUGUUUUUGUUUGCGGUAUUACUUUAGUGCCUCUUAUUGCAAACAGGAUGCAUGUUUUGGGAAUAUUUUAAUUCUGUACAGACUUCCUCCUUUUUCACUGUCAUUUCGGUUAAUAUUGUGGAGUAACUACAGUGUUGAUCCAUUCUCCUACCAGUCAUUAAACUUAACUGUUUUAACGGCA